CUAACUGGUUGGAGCUGAUGACGCAACCUGUUACGUAAGACACUUUCCUUAUUUGGAGCACACUGCUCACCUCUCGGUAUAAAACCUGCAGCUCAGACGGUGGCAUGGAGCUCUGUUUCAGAGGAAACGUCAUCAUGAGCAACAAAACCAGUUCACUUCUCUACAAAACGCUGCUGGACGUGAAGGAUGUCCAUUUUCUGAGAACGGUGCAAAGAAAUACAAGAAGAACUCAUCACAGACACUUGGGAUCUUGUGCGAUGGUGGCUGGAAGGAUGAGCAGUCUGCAGCUCAGUCCUGUCCCCUCCAUCAGGACCCCCAGCUGCAGCUUCUUUAACUUGGCUGCUCCCAUCAGCAGCCGCAGGAUGGAGUACGCUGAGCACCGGACACUGGAGUUCACCCCAGAACAGAUCUACAGCGUGGUGGCCAACGUGGACCAGUACCAGCAUUUUGUUCCCUGGUGCAAGAAGUCCCGGAUGACGAAGGGACCAAACGGUGACACGCGGGCAGAGCUGGAAAUAGGUUUUCCUCCCAUCACUGAGCGAUAUACCUCUGAGCUGACCUUUGUACCAAACCACCAAAUCAGAGCUGUGUGCACUGAUGGAUCUCUCUUCAGCCAUCUUGAAACUUUAUGGAGGUUUGCCCCCGGAGCCAAAGACCCACCGGGCUCUUGCAAAGUGUACUUCUUUGUCUCGUUCGAGUUCAAGUCGGUGCUGCACUCUCAGCUGGCCAGCGUGUUCUUCGACGAGGUGGUGAAGCAGAUGGUCGGUGCCUUUGAGUCUCACGCUGCGACGCUUUACAGAAACAACACGUCGUUCAGGAGGAGACCGGCGUUAAACAACCACUGACCCCACCAUGUUGUUUUUGUUUUUUUUAAACCAAAGCCUGCCGUCGUGCUGCUUGGACUACAACUUGACUGACACUGGAGACCAGUUUGCACUUAAAAUAUCUCUAUUUAUGUCUCAACUAAAAACUAAUUUAUUUUAAAUUCGUAUUUAUUACCUGGGCCAAAAUGAAUGUAUCAUAUUUAAACCAUCCUGUUUUACAGAAAUAAACACUUUGUGGGAUAA